UUGUGUGCAUUUUUUUUAUUUGAUGUUAAAAUGAAAUAUUGCUUUGUAAUGUAAAUAUUAUUUUUAAUAACUUAGAGAUAGUUAUUGGUAAUAUAUCACUAAAAUUAUGAUUUUUCACAAAUUUCAAUGAUCAAAGUUUAAAUAAAAUAAUUUGGAUAGAUUUCCGAAUUGUUACAUGUUUUAGAAGAUAAUUUAGUUUAUAGUUUUAAUUACGAUUUGCACGAUAACAAUAGGUAUACUAACAAAACCUAUUAUAUUUAACUUAUACUUAGAUAUAUCUUUAUUUUAUUCUGUUAGCUAUCACAGAAGUCCUGUUAUUAUUUAAUUAAUUUAACUUUAAUAUAGAGGUUUUUAAAUAUCUUGGCAGCUUGGAACACUUUUUCGAGUUGUUCCGCAGAACACAAUAUUAGCUGUAUCGUAGUGAAGAUGUGGAGAGGGACCUUCAGCUGCCCUUAUUAAGGCGUCCAACAAUAACUGACACUUAAGGGCAAUUAGAAAGGCUUAAUAAAACCUUAUGUCUAGUAUUUUGAUUUUAAUUAAACAAAUAUGAUUUAUUUUCCAAAUUAGUUUUCUUUUUUUCCAAUUUUUUGAGUUAAUUUCCAAAUAUUUCUGUAUAAUCGAUUUCAUGAUUUAACAUUUGUUAUUUAUCUGAUUGUUAUCUAUCCAUCUUUAUGUAAAUAAUUGAUAUUCGAAAAAAUCGUAUGUUUAAGAACGCUAGUACCACUUGACCAUGUCUGUUUUUGAUAGGGUAGUUAAGCUUUUUGGACAUACGAACCUUAAUUUAAUGUAUCCUAAAAAUCAAAACAUUUAGGUAAAAUCUUCUAAUUAAUAACAGUUUCUCUAUAGUUCGAUCAACUUUACCUUAUUAGUAUUAACAAUCAAAAUGACUUUUGUUUGUUAUCUUAUCUAUCUUGAUGUAGGCUAUCUUAUCAGGCACUCCCACACGCACAACACUAGCCGCGUUGUUUUACACCAGUUGUCUGAAAUUAAUUACAAAAAUGAAGACACUAAUAUUUAUUGUUUUAAUAGUGUAUUCUUCCGAAGCUGAAGUGUUGUCAAGUAUACCAAGACAUUUGGUGGAUUGCUACCGGAGUGGCGGACCUCUGCUGAACUCUCCGCGCCGUCUGGACGUCUUCCUGUCGCUUGUGAGGAAAUUAGAACUUUCUGCAAAACUAGAUAUGAGAUUGUUCAGCACUUCCUUAUUGAGAAGGUUUCGCUUAGAUGGCAUAGAGCAAGCUAGUAACCCUAUUGAAACGGAGUUUGUGUUGCCAUACCGAGCGUCUGCCUUCCAAUUCCAUAAAUACAAACUGCUCAUGGAUCUAUUUCUACCGAGUCAGAAUCUUCUAGAGUCGGACGAGAGUCUAACAUUAGUAGAAAGAUGUUUGCUACACAAGAUAUUGAGUUCUGCGGUGCGUCCUUGGGAGAGGGGAGAUGAGAACGUCACGUGCCCACUGUCUGCGGAACAGAUGGAGAAUAUGGCGACGAACAGCUCUGGCAGAAUUCACAGCCGAUGUCCUAUAGAAGACGGCGUAAUUCAAACAGAUUGGGGGCCAGUGGCUGUGGGUACAGUCAUAGCCGCAAUCGCUGCAUCCUUGGAGUCUCAACGAGUAUCAUUGACUGAUAUAUUUAGCGCUAACAUUUAUAAAUCGCAAGUAUCGCAGCCGAUGAUCGAUCGAGCGUUGGCGGACUGGGAGAAGCAAGUUGAAAAUCCCUAUGACAAUGUCAACUUGGAAAUGAUGAUACCAGCAACAGAUCAACUUAACAUCAGCAAUGUAUUGGUGGCAACUGUUGUCGGAGAUUUAGCAGAAGUGGUGGUGAACCAGGGGCCGCGUGUAGGUGCGUCCGCACAACUUAUGACAGUGGGCAGCAACAACCGAUGGAACGAUACGCUCCUGCCGCGUGACUUCUACCUCCUGCCGCAGAACAGCAAUGACUGGCAGUUUACUGACGCCGAAAUUUUAGCAGGCGUUGAUGGUUUAAUUCUAGCGAGUUACAUGCCAUCGUGGAUAGAACUGCGACGUUCGUUAAGGUUAUCCCAAGUAUUAGAUAGUUACUACUCGAACGACGGCGUGCCUUUUGACCCAGAAGUGCGCGCUUGCAAUCGAAAUACCUUGUACAACAAAGUACUAAAUAGCACGCUUCUGACUUCAGAGACGCUCAGGUUCGCACAGGUUCUGUCUCUCACACAGAAUACUGUGUACAUACCAUUGGAAGAAAUGCAAAGAAUGAGUGAUGCUGCCGUGACUGCGUUUAUGGAAUAUGUUCCGUCAGUAUUGAGGAAAUUUCACCGCAACUGUGUUACGAUCGCCAGCGUGCCUGUGGUGGAUCUUAUAGUCGUUACAGACAGCUCCUGGCGAGGAUAUGAUAUCGAACAAUUUCUGUCUUGGGUAAGUGGUGCUCUAGAUAUGGAGGCGGCGCGGAGCACGCUGGGCGUGGUGCACGGUAACACGGGGCGCUGGGUGGCGCCGCCGAGCGACAAUACCACCGCUCUAUUCACACACAUUGCCAACUAUACUGACCCUUGGCCAAAUCGUCUUAAUCUACCAAACGUGUUAACAACUGUGAACCAACAUUUGCGCAAUCAAACUCUGCAAGAUAUAAACGAUAAAGCAAGCGCUGGGCGCAGUACUGUGAUUCUGAUAAUCAGUCCCACAGACCAGCCUUCGGGCAAUGAAAUAGAACGUUCCAGAACUAUAAUGCAUUCCAUUAGAUCGUCCUUCUUUGAUGCUUAUUUCGCAUACGCCGCCCAAGAUUUGACCAAUUUCCAAAACAUCAACAAUGAAUAUUUGGAUUAUUCAGAAAUAUUUAUUACGUUACCCUCGACGUGCGUACAAGAGAUUGCAACGGCCAUUGAUACAUUUAUGAUUAAAAACGACAUCCCGAAGAGGAUAGUAGGUCCUGCAUGUCCAAGUAACGGCACCACUUUCGAUCAAAUUGAGUACGAAGACUCGGUGUUGUUAAAAAUGAAACGAGGAUAUCGAAUUCAUCCAUUUUACUUGAGACAACAACCGCUCAUUCGAAUACAGGUUCGCAACAGUAAUUUCGGUACGAUACUAGUGUGCAUGUUCCGAGGCGCGGAGGCGUCACAAAGUUGUCAGAUGAUUGGUGAACGAGAAGUUCACAUAUUUAACCUCACCGCGCCCUGCCCUUCACCGGACUUCUGUCCGCCUGCACAUUUCCAUAUAACUGCUACAUCCACGUUAAAUUCUUGCACACAUACGGAAUGCCGAAACCCAAAUCAAGUGGACUACUACAUCCAACAUUCAGGUCUCCGCUGCCUGCCUCUGUUAGGGUCGGGCGCGGCGCCGGCGCCGGCGGACCUCUGGAAUGUUCGUUUAGGACUUUCUCUUGCAAUUUCAAUAUUGCAUUUGAAUCGAUAGCCGCAAUUAAAAUACUAAAUCCGCCUACUUUUUUGUAUAUGUGAAAUAAUAAAUGAA